AUGGCCUCUACUUCAGCCGCUUUGCCUCGGCUUGACAAGAUAUUCCUUGUAGGCAUAUGGCUAGAGACUGUGCUAUGGGGUAUCCAUGAAGUAGCUCGCAAUUUCUACGUGAAGCGACAGCGUACUGAUAAAUGCAUUAGUGUUGUGAUUUUCGCCAGUGCGAUAUGGAUUAUAUUUUGGAAGCGCGGUGGAUCCACCCAAUGGAUGCUGGGCAUUACCUCCACCAUCCUGUUCUCUUUUGCAACCAUUCAUAUCUCAGUCUCCUUACAGCAGCUCCUUGAGGCGUUCAUAUAUAUCCCACCCGGCGCAUCCCCGCUCUAUUCCACUCUUUAUUGGGCGGAUGAUACCACCUCGUUAUCUAUCAUAAAAGAUGUGCUCUACGAUACUACCGUUUGGCUGCAAGACAUUGUGCUCAUAUGGCGUCUCUAUAUCGUCUGGAACCGCAACUGGAAAAUCUGCGUUGCACCGAUCAUCGUCGAUCUGGCCCACAUGGCGGCAGCGUAUGGCGCAACCAUUCUCGAAGUUCGUGGAACAGUCAGCAUCUACAGCCCAGUGGUGAAGGGACUUGGCUUGGCUGGAUGGUCCUUGGACCUCGUGGUCAACAUUAGCGUCACGCUGGUGAUUGCUGCGCGGCUGUGGUAUAUGGGAAUGAAGGUCACCAGUAUGACCUCUAGCCGGACACACAGCUCCGAUCAACAACAGAACAAGUAUCUCGCACCCAUCUUCACCAUUAUAGAGUCUGGCGCACUCUUCGCCGCUGUCACAAUCAUCAUGCUCAUCUUAUACCUUACCGGCAAUCCUGUGACUUUGGCUGCUUUAGGUAUUGCCACCCAGCUUGCGGUGACCACCCCUCUUCUCAUCAUCGUCCGUGUAGGACUGGGCCUGACCCACGGCCUGCCUAAGGCGUAUAAGAAUUUGUCGACCACAGUUUCGGAUUUCCAAGCGGCGACAUUGUCCCAGUCGGGGACAUACGGCGGCAGUGCCAUUCGUUUCGCUCCGUCUCGCGAUAUUGCGACGUCAAGUGCUUCAUCACAAGGAGAAAUGGUGUAUGUUAUGCAGGAUUUCAAGGUGGCUGACAGCUUGGGCAUUGAUGAAAUUACUACAAAGUACCAUGCCCCGCGAGUUGGAGGGAGGGCUUUAGAGGAUCUCGGUUUCGUCGACAUCGUGCCGAGCAGCGACGUCGAUGAACCCUGGGGACAGGAGUCUCACCAGUUAAGACGUCUUGCGGCUGCCCAUGAGAAAAGCCUCAGCGACGCCUCUGCCGCUAGAGCCGGCUACCUCUUUGACGUCAUCAGCAAUAUCGUACCAGAAAAUCUCCUUGGUCCUGGGGAGCGUCCGCCGUGGCGUUAUGAAACCAAGGGUGAGGACCCCAACGGUAGCAGACAUCUAAUUGCACGCAUCCUCGUUACGAAGAUUUCAACCAGCAUUUCCAUCAGUGAGAUCGCGGCGACCAUUGAUCGAGUGGUCGGGGAUUAA